AUGAUAGGAUUAGAGGGAACAGCGGGAUGCGCAUCACUGGGCUGUGGCAAUAUCCAUCCCUUCAUUAAUACCAUCGCCGUCGCUUACUUACAGCUCAAGUCCAUGGAUGCGAACCGCUACGCAACGAAGAAAACCAUCGCCCAGGGCAUGCUGGACAUAGCGCUUCUGACGGCCAACGCGUCUCAGCUGAAGUACAUUUUGCAGGUCGGCGAAAAGCACGAAUUCUACGCUCUAAUGCUGACGCUAAUCAGCAUCAGCAUCAUACUGCAGGUUUCGGCCGCGAUGCUAGCAGUCAUUCUGACGCUGGUCAACCUACACGCCGGCACCGUACAGCGGAAAGUGGCCAACAUACUGAACCACUUCUCGCUCGGGUUCGUUGUCGUGGCGCUAUUUUGCGACGUCAUCAAGAUGAACUUCGGGCUCGAUCCGGCCGUACCAUCGAUUGCACAGGGGAUCUCCUGCAUCCUGCUGGCCAACUACAACAUCAACAAAGAGCACUCGCGCGAUACGGCCAACGCGGUGCAAAACUUUUCGCUCGGUCUCAACAUGGCCACCGUCGUGGUGAACGUCCUAAUCAGCGGCAUGGAAGUGAAACACAUGGACGACAUCUGUGGCUUGUACAACGAACGCUCAGAAUCUCACCUCUAUCGGAUGUAUCGGUACACGUUCAACUUUACAAUGGUGGCCGCGUAUCUGUUCACGAUGACGCUUAACAUUUUUGUGAUGCAAACAUUCGAACAAUUGGUGCUCUUUAUCAUGUACAUUUUGUUUACCGAGAUCGUGAUGCUGCUGAAGGCGUUCAUCACAUACUACAAGUUUGAUCAGAUCCGUCGUCUUUACCGCCAGACCGUUGAUGAAAGCUUCGAACCGCAGGACGAUCUCGAAGCCUCUCUCCAUCGCAAAGGUGUCGAAUUCAUCAAGUACUACUACUAUAUCUACAUUGUGUUGGCCAACGUAGCUCUGGAAACUGAGAAUGUCGGUUGGAAAAACUUCAUUUUGCCAGUUCGGCUAACCGUGUGGACCUGGAAGAUCUGUGGCCUGUACGCCGAACGCCCAGAGUCUCGUCUCUAUCGGAUGUAUCGUUACACGUUCAAUUUUACGAUGGUGGCCGUGUAUCUGUUCACGAUGACGCUUAACAUUUUUGUGAUGCAAACAUUCGAACAGUUGGUGCUCUUUAUCAUGUACAUUUUGUUUACCGAGAUCGUGAUGCUGCUGAAGGCGUUGAUCACAUACUACAAGUUUGAUCAGAUCCGUCGUCUUUACCACCAGACCGUUGAUGAAAGCUUCGAACCGCAGGACGAUCUCGAAGCCUCUCUCCAUCGCAAAGGUGUCGGAUUCAUCAAGUACUACUACUAUAUCUUCUUUGUGAUGGGCCACAUAGCUAUGGGUAGUACGUUAUUGCUUCUGCUGCAAAAGAAACGUUUGCCCUAUUUUCCCUGGAUGCUUGGCGUAGAAUAUGGACCAGAAAAUCUCAUUACCUACGGUGUAUUCUUUGCUUAUCAGUAUAUUGGCAUGUACUUCCACAUGCUAGUUAAUGUGUCGGGUGAUGCACAGUUAUGCUAUUUCCUAGGCAUGGUAAGCACGCAGUUAGACAUACUGGCCAAGCGCUUCCGACAACUUCGAACCUCCGAAGAUCUUGAGCGCUCCUUCGCAGGGCUGAUAGAUCACUACGAAAAAGUUUACCGAAUGGUCCACGAAGUGCAGCAACUGUACGCUCCUGCGUUUUUCGCUCAGUUCGGCGUUAGUAGUGUGGUUAUUUGUGCUGCAGCUGUGAAUGUUGCAUCAAAUUUCAAUCUAGCCGAGCCCGGCGUUCUCCAGCACUUGCUGUACAUGCUAUCGAUGAUGUUCCAAAUGUUUCUGCCAUGUCUCUUCGGUAAUGAGGUCACGCGCAAGAGCAAUGAUCUGAAAACCGCUGUCUACAGCUCCCAGUGGUACCGAAUGAAAGUGAAGGAUCGCAAAAUGAUAAUUAUGUUGAUGCAGCGUUUAAACAAACCGCUUACGGUAAAGGCGUAUCAUUUCUUCAACUACAAUCUGCAAGCCUUUACUACGACGUUAAAUAUGGCUUACAGGGUUUACGCCGUUCUGCAACGGAAUGCAUUGAAAAACUAA